AUGGCCUUCUUGUUUUUAUCAAACGAUAUCGAUAAACCUAAAUCGCGUAUAUGGCAUGAUACGGCACACAGCAAGAACGACUCACCAAAGACAAAAAAAGCACCAACGAACAACGACACCAAUGACGAAAAGGACCGACAAAUAACAUCAGCGACGAAAGAAGGUACCAGCAAUGAUGGCACCAAUGAUGAAUGGGAAUUUUUCAUAUUUAUAAGACCACCCACAAAAAUGUCAGAAAAAUACGAAAGACCACCCGAAAGACCACAUCCACGAACGCAAGAUCAAGCCACAAAACGUCAGAGAAAUAUAAAAUGCCGAAUACAGAGGAAAUCUAACGGCAACAUCGACGACACCAACUAUGACAGCACAACGAAGAAUAACAAGCUAAAUAAAUGA